AUGUAUGGUGCCCCAAAAAAAGAGAUAUCCAUUGAUAAUUAUAGGUAUUUAACUUUUGCCAAAUUGACCAGAAAUAAUAAACCUAUCAAAUUAUUAUCACUCCCAUCCACAACUAGUGCGGCCCAACAGCAUCUACUUCGUGUUUAUUAUCAAUUACAAGUUUGGCUGGGUAACACAUUCAAUCCUAAACAAUGGGGGUGGGCUAUGGAUGACAAUAUUUUGGAACCUGUCACCACAUUAUUACCACCCGCACCUAAAGAUUUGCUAAAUAUGAUUUUUUAUAAUUGUACAAAAGGUUAUGGUACUAACUGCGGGUGUAGAAAAAUAGGAGUUAAUUGUUCAAUUAUUUGUGGACACUGCCGUGGUUAA